CAGAUGCAUCAGACAUGAGUUUAGCUCUCAGAUUGGUUGGGUUUGUGUUAUUAACAUUCUCUGGUCGCUAUGCUGAGCUGCAGCUGGAGUUUGCAGAGGCAGUGCGGACCAGCGUGGAGCAGAAGGACCUGAUCAGUAAGCUGGAGCAUGACCUGAGCACCAUCCAGGCCAUGACAUCACUGCAGAGGCCCGACGCAGAGGGUGCGGAUGUCGGCCAUAUGGAAAGAAUCCCUGAGCCGAUAAAAGAGGCGACUGCUCUCUUCUCUGGUCUCAGUGCCUCCCCCCAGGCUGAGCUCCCUCAAGGACAGAUGGACUCUCUGCUCUCCAUCAUCUCCAGCCAGAGGGAGCGUUUACGAGCACGUAACCAGGAACUGGAGGCGGAGAGCCGCUCUGUGCAGCACACCAUGCAGGCUCUGCAAAGUGAGCUGGACAGCCUGCGAGCCGACAACAUCAAACUGUACGAGAAGAUCAAGUUCCUGCAGAGCUACCCAGGCAGGGCAGGCAGCAGUGAUGACACAGUGAUGCGCUACUCUUCCCAGUAUGAGGAGAGGCUGGACCCCUUCGCCUCCUUCAGCAAGAGGGAGCGCCAGCGGCGGUAUCUGAGUCUCAGCCCCUGGGAUAAAGCUACCCUGAGCAUGGGCAGAGUCAUUCUCUCCAACAAGGUGGCCCGCACCAUUGCUUUCUUCUACACCAUUCUGCUGCACUGCCUGGUCUUCCUGGUGCUGUACAAAACUGCCUGGAGUGAGAGCAUUGGACGAGACUGCACUGCAUACUGCGCCAAGAAGUUUUCCGACCAUGUGCACCGUUUCCAUGAGAACGGGGAGAAUGGCGAGAUGUGGCAGUGAUGCAGCAGAGGAUUGUGGGGCCAGGACCCCUCUCCCCCGACUCCUGUUGCCCUGCUCUGCACCACUAGGGGGUGCUGCAUGGCUCUCAGCUUUUUCAGUAGAACGCAGACCUAUAUACUUUAUUCUUACCUGCAACCCCCUCCCUUGCUGUCAGAGUGUUGUCUUUUUCAAGUCUUGUUGUGACAGCUCCAUAUCCAUCUGAUGUGUAACAUGUUUUCCUUUAGCACCUUCAAAGUUCAAGGAUACGUUUGGGAGUAAGUAUGGGCUGUAGAAAGAGUCUCUGAUAAUUAUGGCCCUUAAAACGUUACUCGGAUUUGAUGAAAAUGACCUCUAGUGGCAUUUCUUUAAUUUUUUAUUUUAGUUUUGUGGUUUAUUAAUUAUGGUUGGUACCGUAGCGUUAAUGAAGUAGUGUCGUUGUUUUAUUUGAAAUGGCAGGUGAUUUCCUGUUUACAUUGAUACAUAAUGGGGGUAGGUCUCUUUUCCUUUGCUUUACAUAAGACCAGAAUGUUUGGACACUUCUCUUUUAAUUCCAGUAACUGCAAUCAGUCGUGGAUUGGAUUAUAAAAUGCAUGUGAAAACAUAAUCCAAGUAACUGAUAUAGGCACCUUAUCAACAGCGUUUACUGGGGCUAGUUAAGCAAGGGAAAAGAGUGGGAAGGUGCACGCACACACACACACACACACAAAGGCACACGCACACACACACAGACUAGUCAGUAUUCAGCCUCAUCACCUGAUUCCAGAUGCCAUUGCAAAAUUCCUUUCAACAGCCAGGGAAGCUGUUAGUUAAAUAAAAAAUAAAAGAAUUGACUUCAUUGCCCUAAAUGGUUUAAUAAAGAACUGUUCCAUCAUUAGAAGGCUUUACCUCAGAAGCCCUGUAAAGUUAAUAUGUCUUGUUAUAGUUGCUGUUAUGAUUUGGUUUGGUUCAUGUUAGAUAGAUUAGCCUGAAAGCUUCAACAAGGAAGGAAGUGUGCUAAAAUGAUUUCACUAAUGUAAAAACCCUAAUAAGCCAACAGUGUAUGAUGAAGUGCACAGAAACACGCAGGACUCGUAUUGUAGUGUGAUGUGAAGCAUGACUAUGGGGCACUGCAGCUUUAGUGUGGAGCGGGACACAAGGAGCUAGUGUAUUGUGAGUCAUUUCUUGUAAUGUCGAGGUAACAUGUGCCUAUCUAGGACACCCUAUCUUUUCAAUGCUGUAGCUUCUGCUGAUAGAAAUAUGAAACACCUGCUUGAUUGCUGAUAUCACAGCGAUGGACUAGCGUAGCUGUUGGAGGCUGUAGUCAGGUAGAAGGCAGUUCAUGGCAACGUGACAUCAUCGCCGUUUUGGUCCCUUUUCCGUGUAUAACCCUAUUUAAGCAUUUGAGUUCCAAAAUUUUGAUAAACACAUAACCUGCCCUUGAUUGCUAAAACUGAUACAUUUCUCCACGACAAGGCGUGUGUGUGUGUGUGUGAUUGCAAAUGACGGUAAACAUAUUAUAUUGAAGUUAGCUUUGUAGUUUCUCUGAUUCUAUUGUAAUCUAGUGUAGAUUUGCAGACGGGUCAGAGUGAACAGGUGAACAGUCUUAUAUCUUGGUAAACCAGCUGCAACCAAAGAAGGAAGAGUUUUGACCCUUGUCUCUGUAAUAUUUCCUUUUUAUCUAAAAUCCAAAUGCUUUAACUUUUGCAUUAUUGAUUCUGGUAUAUGCACAAUAUAAAUAAAAUAUCUCAGCAUUCA